AAUUCCCACCCCCAACUCACCGCCAUCCUUUUCUGCACAAAACAAGCACGCGCCUCCUUACCUAGGAGGUUUGAAGAUGAACUAUCUCUGUUCCUAGCUACUGAACGGCCUACAACUUGGAGGGUUUGUUAUUUCAUCAAUCUGGAAUCUGGCACUGCAAGGAUACCUUUGCCCGAGUCAACUAACGGUGUGAUCCACGACGAAUGUCAUUCUCGAUGACUGCUGCCUAAGGAUUUUAUGCCUCUCCCAUUCGGCUAUGAUUGCUUGAACACUGUGCGUCUUUGCACGACUUAUCAAGAGCCGCCAUCAUCAUGGGUGUGCUCGCGCAAACCAUGUCCCCGAGUGGUUUCGGAGCUGAAAUGCUCCAGACUGCGUCCAAUGGAGGCACGGGGAAAAGGCUUGCCAAUGCGGUUAUCAUCAUUUCAGGUGUAGCGUCGCUUGCGGCAACUCUUCUGUCGUUUGUUUCAAUAUGGCUGCAAACGAAAAAUUAUCGAAAGCCUCUUCUUCAGAGAUAUGUUAUUCGAAUACUUUUAAUGGUGCCCAUCUAUUCUGUCGCCUCUUGGACAAGCAUCGUGUCUCUCAAAGCGGCAUUCUGGAUAGAUCCGAUUCGUGAUAUUUAUGAGGCUUUCACCAUUUACACAUUUUUCCAGUUGCUGAUAAAUUUCCUUGGUGGCGAACGAGCGCUUAUCAUCAUGAUGCACGGACGGGCCCCGGUUCACCACCUCUGGCCACUUAACCAUUGCUUACCCAAGGUCGACAUCUCAGACCCUCACACCUUCCUUGCCAUCAAACGAGGAAUCCUUCAGUAUACAUGGCUAAAGCCCGUGUUAAGCCUUGCCACAAUCAUUAUGAAAGCAACAAACUCAUACCAAGAAGGGUACAUUGGGCUUCGAUCCGGAUACUUUUGGAGUGGCCUUGUCUACAAUGUCAGUGUGACUUUGAGCCUCUACUCCCUGGGCAUGUUCUGGGCGUGCAUGUCUCAUGAUUUGCGACCCUUCCGUCCUGUGCCGAAGUUUUUGUGUAUCAAGCUCAUCAUUUUCGCGUCGUACUGGCAAGGCUUCUUUCUCUCCAUUCUGGUAUGGUUAGGUGCCAUUCCAGAUAAUGUAGAGGAUUACACCCCAGAUAAUUUGGCCGCAGCCAUUCAAGAUGCGCUCAUCUGCAUUGAGCUCCCUGCUUUUGCUAUUGCUCACUGGUAUGCCUUCUCUUGGCAUGACUACGCAGACAUUACCAUUUCUUCCGCCCGUAUGCCGGUCAAAUACGCGUUUCGCGACGCAUUUGGGCCGCGGGAUCUCAUUGAAGAUACCAAGGAGACAUUUGGCGGUCAGAAUUACGGGUAUCGAAGCUUCGACACUGGCGACAAUAUCUUGGCGCAUGCGGAAUCUGGCUCGCGCGUGGCCCGCUUAAUGGAAGGAAUGCGGUAUGAACGAGGCGGCAAAGGCAAAUACUGGAUUCCAAGACCUGGUCAGAUCAAUAGCCGGACUCCGUUGCUCGGGAAAACAAGGCCAGGUGGACCACGUAGUGCCAGUCGCUCCAUGGUGUCGCCGCAUGGUGUCGAUGGGGAUGCUGCAUCCAUGGAAGUCGAAGAUGCUCAGCUUGACCCGGAAGAUGAGACGCUAUAUACCAAUGCCAGAGCCCUCGAAUUUGGCGAUUGGCACUAUCCCGUCAUAACUGCCAAUGAACCGUCUAGAGAGAGAUGGCUUCUAGCCCAGCCCUCGCUUGUUACGACCUCUGCGAACAGAAAUCUUAUACAACCAACAUCCGACUAUCAUGCUCGGCGUGAGAGUAAUAUCAAACAGCUUCUGACCAAGGGCAAAGGUCGCGACGAAUCCAGCGCAACACAAAAUGGCGAAUCUGUGUCCAGGGCGCCAAUGUUGAAUGGAAUGCUUCGCAAACACUCUUCUUCAAGUUCAGCAAAGUCUGAUCGAAGCCAGCUCGUUGAUCUUGUCGUUGAAGACAGCGAUGCCGAGGAGACUGAGAGAGUUCGUGCACGAAAAGAAGGUGGUCCCGCAUGGAAUGAACUUGAACCCAAGUUAUUUGUGCGAACAUAUCCAGACUCGGACCAAGGGGAGGAGAUUCGCGCCGGUUUUGACCCCAGCGAAGUUCCGCCUUUACAGAACCAAGGCGAAUCUGCUUUUGCCAUUCAGGACGAGGAUGAGGAUGAUGAUAGCUCGGCGCAAGACGAUGAAGGAGAAGAUUCGGAUGAAGCUCGACAAUGGAAGCAGACUCGGCCGCAAACCGAUAUGCAGACGCGAAAUACGCAUUAUGGAAGUUUCUACGACGAGCGAAACGCAUGGGGGAACGUGAGCGAGCAUGACGAUUGAUAUCCUCCUUUCACUUGGGUGCUGUACAUGGCUCUUUUGGGUCAAGUUAUUCAGCAGACACAUGGCACAGGCGUUUUAAUUGUUUUAUUCCCUUUUUAUUCUUUUGGGGCAGCUCUUGCAGCCGUGAUCGACGAUUACCGACGCACAUUGAUGAGGGACCUGGAAAUAGUUUGCCCGUCCCUGAGUGUUUGCAUAUUAUCUUUGUAUGUGUUAGAAGAGUCUUGGGGAUUAUUACUGCGCCCAUAAGGCGCCCAUUGUGAAUUAGUAUGACCUGUUCUGAGC